GUUCACUCGGUGACGCCCCGAUUAUUCCCAGCAUGCAGCAGGACAUGUCUGAGGAAAGAUGGCCGAAGGAGGAGCGGCUGAUCUGGAUACCCAAAGAGGAGAGGUCGCAGCACUGUUGAAAACCCAACUCAGAAAAGGAGACACUUGGUACCUUGUAGACAGUCACUGGUUCAAACAGUGGAAGAAAUAUGUCGGAUUUGACAGCUGGGACAAGUACCAGAUGGGGGACCAGAAUGUCUACCCAGGACCAGUUGACAACGCUGGUCUUCUCAGAGAUGGCGAUGUGCUUGCCAUCAAAGAACACCUCAUCGAUGAGCUGGACUACAUCCUGGUCCCCACAGAGGGCUGGAACAAGUUGGUCAGUUGGUAUGGACUGACAGAGGGUCAGGAACCGAUUGCACGAAAGGUGGUGGAACAGGGUAUGUUUGUGAAGCACUGCAAAGUGGAGGUGUACCUGACGGAGCUGAAGCUGUGUGAAGACAGUAAUAUGGACAACGUCAUCACCAGACGUUUCAGUAAAGCUGACACGAUAGAUAUGAUAGAGAAGGAGAUGAGGAAGCUGUUCAGCAUUCCUGACGAGAAGGAGACCAGACUGUGGAACAGGUACAUGAGCAACACCUUUGAGCCACUCAACAAACCAGACAGCACUAUACAGGACGCCGGCCUCUACCAAGGACAGAUUCUUGUCAUAGAGCAGAAGAAUGAGGACGGCUCCUGGCCCAGAGGCUCCACGGCACAAAAGUCAUCUGGUGCUACCAAUCUCUGUGCUUUGCCAAAGAUCUCGCCUUCAUCUCUCACAAACAAUCAUAACAGCAGCUUCAACAGCAGGAAUGUGAAGAACUCCAGCUACAGUCUGCCGUCCUACCACCCCUACAGUAACAGUUACGACUACUCUGACCAGAGCAGACAGAGUGAACGCCUGGGCCUCUGUGGACUCUCCAACCUGGGCAACACUUGCUUCAUGAACUCUGCUGUGCAGUGUUUGAGCAAUAUCCCUCCAUUGACUGAGUACUUCCUCAAAGACAAAUACACAGAUGAGCUGAAUGAGGACAACCCACUGGGAAUGAAAGGAGAGAUCGCCAAGGCCUACGCUGAAGUCAUCAAGCAGCUGUGGUCGGGCAAAUACAGCUAUGUCACCCCCCGGCCUUUCAAGACUCAAGUCGGCCGGUUCGCACCCCAGUUCUCAGGCUACCAGCAGCAGGACUCUCACGAGCUGUUGGCCUUCCUCCUCGACGGCCUACAUGAGGACUUGAACCGUAUCAGGAAGAAACCCUACAUCCAGCUAAAGGACGCUUACGGCCGGCCGGACAAGGUGGUAGCAGAGGAAGCCUGGGAGAACCACAUCAAGAGAAACGACUCCAUCAUUGUGGACAUCUUCCACGGCCUCUUCAAAUCCACCCUGGUCUGUCCCGUGUGCUCGAAAGUCUCCGUGACCUUCGAUCCCUUCUGCUACUUGACGCUGCCUCUGCCCAUGAAGAAGGAGCGGACGCUGGAGGUCUACUUGGUCCGACUGGACCCUCUGGCCAAGCCGACACAGUACAAAUUGACUGUUCCGAAGGUUGGCUACAUCUCUGACCUGUGUAUCUCCCUCUCCAACCUGUCUGGUGUUCCUGCGGACAAGAUGAUUGUAACUGACAUCUACAAUCACCGCUUCCAUCGUAUUUUUGCCACCAACGAGAACCUCAGCAGCAUCAUGGAGAGAGAUGACAUCUAUGUAUUUGAGGUGGCGGUCAACAGGAUGGAGGACACGGAACACGUGGUGAUUCCGGUCCACCUGAGAGAGAAGUACAAACAGUCGGGCUACAACCACACCAGCACGCCGCUGUUUGGACAACCGUUCCUCAUCGCUGUGCCUAGGACCCUGAGUGAAGACAAACUCUAUAACAUGCUGCUCUUGCGUCUCUGCCGGUUUGUUCGUUCUUCAUUGGAGGAAGAAGAGGAAGAAUGUGAAGAAACACAGCCAUCCAAACAACACACUGUCAAUGGGAAUGCCACUAAUGGACUUCUGGAGGAAGGCUCUCCAAGUGCGUGUGAAAUGGAGACCGACGAGCAGGACGACGAAUCCAGUCAGGAUCAGGAGCUGCCCUCCGAGAAUGAUAACAGCCAAUCGGAGGACUCGAUGGGCGGAGACAUCGAACUGGAGAACGGCAUGGUUGGUGGUCCACAGAACUCCAGCAAAGGCCAGCAGACGGCUGAGAACAACAGCCGCAAGAGACUUUUUACAUUCCAGUUCAACAACAUGGGCAAAACGGACUUCUCCCUCAUCAAGGAGGACACCAGGCAGAUCCGCUUUGACGAGGGACACCUCCGGCUCAGUGACCGCUCCUACCUCUCCUUGGACUGGGAACCUGAGAUGAAGAAAAAGUAUUUUGACGAGACCGUUGUUGAGGACUUUGACAAACACGAGAGCAUGGAGUACAAGCCUCAGAAGAAGGCCUUCUUCAAGCUGAAGGACUGCAUCGAGCUGUUCACCACUAAAGAGAAACUGGGAGCGGAGGAUCCAUGGUACUGUCCAAACUGUAAGCAGCACCAGCAGGCCACGAAGAAGUUGGACCUCUGGUCCCUACCGCCGGUACUGGUGGUCCAUCUGAAGCGCUUCUCGUACAGCCGUUACAUGAGGGACAAACUGGACUCCCUGGUCGACUUUCCACUGAGAGAUCUGGACAUGUCCGAGUUCCUGAUCAACCCCAACGCUGGGCCGUGUCGCUAUGACCUCAUCGCCGUAUCCAACCACUACGGAGGAAUGGGUGGCGGCCACUAUACCGCGUACGCUAAAAACAAAGACGAUGGAAAGUGGUACAAUUUUGAUGACAGCAGCGUGUCUCCGGCCAACGAGGAUCAAAUAGUGUCCAAAGCUGGCUACGUGUUGUUCUACCAGCGGCAGGACACGGUGAAAGGCACUGGCUACUUCGCUCUGGACCGGGACGAGGAGGAUGAAGAAGAGGAAGAGGAGGAAGAAGGAGAGGUGGAGGAGGAAGACGGAGAGGAGGAGGAGGAGGGACGGGAGAGGAAGACGGCCUCCUGCGCUCAGGGUGCUUCGUCAGCGGCCGCGGCGCCGAAUGACGAGGACGACCUGUACGAGAGUCAGCGCAGGAAAAACGACAAUGAACGAGAAGAUGAGGAGGAGGAGGAGGAGGAGGAGGAAGAGGAGGAAGAAGAAGAGCAGGAGCCCAAUAGAGACGUCACCAUGAAAACCAACUGAAAUGGGCGACGAUGGGUAAAUGGAGAGAAACUGGGAUCUUUCCAUCCAAAGCCAUAUGGACAAUCAGCAUGGCGGCGAGUGUCUCCAGAUCCACUCUGCAGCUCGGACACGGACGCUCCACAGGCGGAGCUGCUGUGGAGGCGACGCCUUUUAGGUCAGGGAGCCGCCGCGGUACAACUCUUAAGAAAUCAGGACCCUCCUCUGUGGUUGGAUCACUGCGCGUGUGUGUGUGUGUGUGUUUGUGUGAGUGUGUUUGUAUCGCCACGUCCUUCAGUUUGGGAUUUGCUCACUGAACGUCACCAGGGGUCGAUCAUGAGUCGUACAGGGCUUUAAUCCUCCUCACUGCUUUUUGUCUUCAUUUGUUAUAUUUUUAUAUACACACAUAUAAAUAUAUGA